AUGGAUUGUUUUACAUGGCUUUAUUUAUUGAUAUGGUUGGUACUAGUAUUAAAAGCCGAUGAUGACGGCGAUGAUGAUCGAAACAUCCACCGUGAAUUAAAUCUACCGUCAAACGCCACCAGUGGUAGUGAGCAAAUUGAUGCGUUGACACAUUCCUUUGUCUCAGAGCAAUGCGAUUAUCCACAAGAUGCAUUCUAUAUGCUGAUCAACAAGCAGUGUCCAGCUGCACCUCCACUGUGCAUUAUUGAUAAACCGUUCGAUUUUAUUUCAGAUCUGAAAAUCAGAUGCUCUACAGCACGUCAACAGCACAAUACAACGGUUGAGAUUAUGAAAUCAGCUGAAUUGAUGCACUUAAUAUCUGCGAUGAAUGAUAAUAUUGAUUUACCGUUGUGUAUGCUGACUGUAUUCUACGCACCAGAUUGCAUAUUCAGUGUUCGUAUGGCACCAUUUCUACAUGCCGUUCCCAGAGUGUAUCCUCAACUGCGUGUAGUUGCGAGUGAUGCAUCUGAAUAUAGCAGAUUGCACAGUCGUUAUGGGAUUUCUGGAACACCAACAAUAAUGUUAUGGUUGGAUGGGAUGGCAGUGGCGCGAAUGGACGAUGAACCAUUCUCGUUGCGUGCUUUUGAAGAAUUCAUCGAAAAAUGGACUGAUCUUGAGGGUGUUCGAUCGGUUGAAAUUAAUGCGGCUGAUCUUGAAGGACCUCUACCAUGUGCGCUUCCCAAGGAACAAGUGGAUUGGUACACGUGGUUGUCAUUCAUAUCGAUGAUUUUAAGUGUUUCGUAUUUUUUUGCUGUUUCCAAAUACGGGCGUUCAUUUUGGGAGAUUGUUCGAAACAAUUAUAUGGAAGCGAAUGAGGCCUAA